GUCGACGCCCCAAGCCACAAGUCAGUACCGAGUUGACACUGAACCACAACGAAUGUGUAACAAAAUGCGCUCCAUUAUAAUAGUAGCAACACUAUUUGUUUACGCAACAUGUGACGAUAACUAUAACGAGAAAAGGAAACAGUUAAUAGAUCUCGAAUUAAAACUAUCUCUCGGUGGAAACACGACGCUAAGUGACAAAGAAAAUGCAGUGAAUUAUUGCUUGAUGAACCAUAAGUUUGACGAAAUUAACUAUGGGUUCGAUCACCCCGAUCGCUUUAACCUGUCGCAUCACUUCUUCACAUUCAAGAACCAGAUUCAGAAUUCCAAAGUUUAUAAGAUCAUCAAGAAUAUGCCGAAAGGAGCAAUUCUGCAUGUGCAUGAUAUGGCAAUCAUCGGUCCGGAUUACUUUGUGAACCUCACUUAUAUGGACAAUCUGUACGUAUGUCUAGACAAACCAAUGCGGUUCUGGUUUUCCAAUAAGACUCCCAACAUGACUUGCGAUGUCGCGUGGCAGCUGAUGAGUUCAGUAAGACGUGCUGCAGCCAACGUAACAGAAUUCGAUGCACAACUAAGAAAGCAGUUCACGUUGGUGUGUGACAACCCUGACGUAGUCUACCCCACUAUCAAAGAGAGUUGGACAAGAUUCAUGCAGUAUUUUGGCUCUGUGUAUCCACUGUUGGCCUAUCGACCGAACUGGGAGAGGUACUUCUACGAUGCCCUGAAAUUCUUCCGAGAUGACAAGGUUAUGUAUGUAGAAGUAAGAAGUAUAUUGCCUGAUUUGUACGAAUUGGAUGGUACCGUGUAUGACAAGACAGUUACAGCAAAAGCGUACAGAAAAGUAAUAAAAAAGUUCGUCCGAGACUACCCAGAUUUUAUCGGAGCUAAACUUAUUUUUGCACCAUCGAGAAAAGUAGAUCGAAGUGUUUUGGAUACUUAUAUACAAUUGGCACGAAAAUUAAAGCGGGAAAUGCCUGACUUUUUAGCUGGGUUCGACUUAGUUGGUCCGGAAGAUGCGGGGAAUCCAUUGAUAGAAUUUGUGCCGCAACUACUUCAAGCACAAGACCUGAACUUUUUCUUCCACGCUGGGGAAACAAACUGGUAUGGAACACUGACUGACGAAAACCUCAUAGACGCUGUAUUAUUAGGAGCUAAAAGAAUAGGCCAUGGGUACGCGCUAGCGAAACACCCAGUGCUGAUUCGUGAAGUACUUCAAAAGGACAUUGGUAUAGAAGUAAACGUGCUUUCAAAUGCUAUUCUAUCCUUAGUUAAGGAUGUCCGCAAUCAUCCUUUGAAUAUUUUCCUCAGUAUGAAUUUGCCAGUUGUUUUAUCCAGUGAUGACCCAGGGGCGUGGGAGGCUGAUCCUCUAUCUGAUGAUUUUUACGUCGCUUUUGUUGGUGUAGCCAGCAGGCUUGCUGAUCUGAGGAUGUUGAAGACUUUAGCACUGAAUUCUUUGAAGUACAGUGCCUUGGACCCUGUGAACAAGGCUCGGGCAAUCAGUGUGUUUCAUACACAGUGGAAUAGUUUUAUAGAUAAUUUUGAUUGUAAAUCGUAUUAAUAAUUUAUCAAGUAUUAUAUUUUUUUCAUAAUAAACUGAUUUUAAUUUAAAAGCCGCUGUAAAUAUCUUCUCAUGUUCUGCUGCGAGGACGUUUGCAUUGUUCUUGAAAACUUUAAUGUGUUGUGAAACAUUCCUACAGUAAUAAAAUUGAAGUACAGGAAAAUUAA